UGUGUUAAGGAUAAUUGCGUAAAGACAAGAGUGGUGUUUCCUGACUAAACAGUUUGGACUCCUCUUCUCUCUGGGGAAAAGCCGAAGCGAAUCCAAUCUCUUGACGUCCAGAUCUGGAAUUCUAAUUUUAAUUGUUCAUGAGGAGAAGCUGCUAGCCAUUGGAAUGGGAUGCAAACAGCAUUUCUGCGUGAAAAUCUUUGCUGCAACAGUAUGUGUCUUGCUUCUGUUCCCACAUUUGGGCUUCGCAAGAAAACGUUGGAAACGUGGACUUCACCUGAAGCUGACAGAGAAAUAUGAUGACUAUGAGUACCCCCUUCAUUCUCAUGGUACGCCCUCCCAGAAGAAUGACCGCUGCCCGCCUCCACCGCAGACGCUACCGGACCGGGCGUGCGAGGUGCCCGGAUGUCGCUCAGAUUCCGAGUGCGAGAGGCACAAACGUUGCUGCUACAAUGGAUGCAUCUACGCCUGCUUAGACUCCGUGCCGCCACCCCCAGGUUUUUUGGAUUGGCUGGUACAGCCCAAACCACGUUGGCUGGGUGGGAAUGGCUGGCUACUCGAUGGACCAGAAGAAGUCUUGCAAGCCGAGGCCUGUAGCACCACUGAGGACGGCGAAGAGCCCCUGCACUGUCCGACGGGAUACGAAUGCCACAUCAUCAACCCUGGCAAUGCCGCCGAGGGCAUCCCCAACAGAGGGCAGUGUAUCAGGCAACGGGGGAAUUCAGAUGGGCGGAACCUACAGCCUAAAUAUUACAAGGAAUACUUGGGAAGCAGCUCGAACAACGUGGUGGGUUUGGGUUACGUGAAGCAACAGCAGAAACACCUUGGCUGAUUCACGAGGAGUCCCCUGGAGAAUACAACGAUAGAGUAGCCCUCAGUGUGCAAACACAUAACGACACAUCUGCUCCUCUGGCCACAACCAGACUCUACCCACAACACCCCCUGCGCACUCAAUUCCCGCUUUAUUUGGGGGGCCACCCCCUUGACGGACACCAUCUCCCCCCUUGACCUGACCUCCUCACUUCUCCUUUUGGUCCGACCUCCUCUCUCCUGGCUUCCCUUUUCAUCUCCUGGAUGACCCCGGGGCUGCUAAUCCAGUCGGACUCCUUGUCCUCCGGCCUCAGCCUCACCUGGGGUUGCCAGCUCUGGGUUGGGAGAUUCCUGGGGGUUUGGGGAGUGGGCCCAGGGAAGGGCAGAGUUUGGGGGGAAGAGAGACCUCCCUCGUUGUGGCAUCAUGCCAUAGAGCAGAGACGGCCAAACUUGCUUAACGUAAGGGCCGCAUAGAAUAAGCAUCAGAUGCUUGAGA